CUAUAGGCCUACUGGGCUGAAUGUAGAAUUUACUGAAUGGAUAUAUACCUGAGGUGUGGGGGAGUUUACAAAGACCAAAGUCCCGCCUCCCGAUUAAUCAUUGGUGAGGUAGGGGAGGGGAAUCGUAUUCAUUUAUGGGCUGAAGAGAGGUGGUAGAUUAAUGGACUUUUCCAUGUUUGUUUUUUUCAAAAUUUUAUGACGAUAUUUAUUUCACAUUAGCCUGCAAGUUGUUUCGUGACAUUGAUUGCUCCUGAUUAACUUUUGAGCAUCCCGUGUCGUUACAGUCCGUCGUGUUUUGCUCCCGCUGACUGGCAAUGUAUGGUAGUAGGCUAUGGCUUUCUGAUGUAACUGCAGCUAUUGGAGUUGGUGGAUCAGAAAAUUAAGUUCGAGAGUGCGUUUUGACAUUUUACCGACAAUUCCGAGGAGUAGGCUACCCGCUAUGGAGAGUGAAACGAACGGUAACAUCUCGAUCACUUCCCAACUUCACCUGAACAGCACCAAUGCGAAUGACAGGGUGGACUCAUAUGGGUUUGAGAUGCCUGAGGGUUAUGAGUCCUAUGAGGAGAUGAUGGCUGAGUAUGUAGCCGUGCUCACCAGAAGGUCCACCAAGUGGUCCAAACUCCUACAGGGGAAAGGCCACAUGGAGAAGAACCUGAAGGUGAAGCGGUACGUGCGUAAGGGUGUGCCCAACGAGCACCGAGCCCAGAUCUGGAUGGCAGCCAGCGGUGCCCAGGAGCAGCUGGAAAAGAACCCAGGGUACUACCACUCUCUGCUUGGCACCGAGCAGCAGCACGAUGCCAAGCUGGAGGAGACCGUCAGGAUAGACAUGCACAGGACGUUCCCUGACAACGUGCAGUUCCGGAACAGCUCAGAGCCCUGUCUGCAGAAGGCCCUGUACAACGUGCUGCUGGCAUAUGGACACCACAACCAGGCUGUGGGAUACUGCCAGGGUAUGAACUUCAUUGCAGGCUACCUCAUCAUCAUCACUAAGGAUGAAGAGAAGUCCUUCUGGCUCAUGGACUCUUUGUUGGGAAGAAUACUCUCCGACUACUACAGCCCGGCCAUGCUGGGGUUGAAGACAGACCAGGAGGUGUUGGGCGAGCUGGUGAGGGUCAAAGCCCCGGCUGUGUGCCAGGCCAUGGCCCAACACAAUGUCAUGUGGACCCUGGUGGUCUCCCGAUGGUUCAUCUGCCUCUACAUCGAUGUCCUGCCUGUAGAGACGGUUCUGCGGAUCUGGGACUGCCUGUUCUACGAGGGUUCUAAGAUCCUGUUCCGCGUGGCCCUGACUCUGAUCCGCCACCACCAGGCUGAGAUCGUGCAGGCCCGCUCCAUGGUAGAGCUGUGUGAGCGCUUCAAACUGAUCACCCAGGGAGCCUUCACAAACGACUGCCACACCUUCAUGCAGGAAAUCUUCAGGGAACCAGGAAGUCUCUCCAUGGCAACCAUCACUAAACUAAGGGAGACAUGCCGAGAACGCAUAGUGGCUGAGAUGUCCAGACUCCGCCCUUGACCACUCCUCCACCACUAAUAACCUCUCUAAGGCAAUCACCCUGUAGUUAUCCUGGGCUUGUUCCAGGUCAUCUUCAUUGCGCUACACAGAUUAUCAGAUCUAACAACAUCUGGAGAAAUGUUUAAUAUCUCAGGAACCACUAUAAAUAUGAUGACAUGGCAAUCACUCUUCUGAGAUUGUAGUACCCCCAUCUAGCCAAAGAUUAUUCUUUGUGUUGUAAAAAGCAUUAAACAGUAAUUCUGUA